CCACCAAUCGCUUCCGUCUCGCCGCGCAGGCGCCACAGAAAUUCCCACGCCUCCGCGCCAGUCGCCGUCGCGCUCCACCAAUGCAAUCCAUGGCUCCUCCCGCCGCGCUGCACCGCGCGCCUCUCCUCCUCCCGUGCCGCGUCGCCGCCCCGAGUGCCGCCGCCACAGCGCGCGCCAGGGCCGCCUCCCUCGUCGCGGUCAGGGCCCAGCCGGACACCACCGCCGCAGCCGCCUCCACAUCCUCCCCCGACCCGCCGCAGCCGCCGGAGUUCAAGCCGCCUCCGGGGUUCAAGCCGCCCGAGCCCAAGAAGUUCGCCGUCAGGGAGGGCCAGCAGGGCGGUGUCCUCGGCGCCUCGCUCGCCAUCCCUCUCCGCCUCGGCACCGGCGUCUUCGUCCUCGGGUACUCGCCAUCACUUGUUUCUCCCUCAGAGAUACCAUCAGACCAGUAUGCUCUGGAAUUGGGAGCUUGGAAGGUGAAGGAGGAAUCAAAGAUAGGACAGUGCAAACGCCCAGAAAAGCCUAUCGAGAUUUAUGAAUUUGAAGGUUGUCCGUUUUGUCGAAAGGUCAGGGAAAUGGUAUCUGUCUUGGACCUGGAUGUAUUGUUCUAUCCCUGUCCUCAAAAAGGCCCAACAUUCCGUCCGAAAGUCCUCGAGAUGGGUGGAAAGAAACAAUUUCCUUACAUGGUGGAUCCAAAUACAAGGGUCGCCAUGUAUGAAUCGGACGACAUCAUACAAUACCUGGCUGAUACAUAUGGUGAUGGAACUGUUCCAAUUAUGCUAAAACUCGGUCUACUGACAGCAAUCACGGCAGGGCUUGCUAUGCUUGGUCGUAUCGGAAAGGGAAAUUCGUAUACUGCUUCAAAAGUUCCACCUCAGCCGAUAGAGAUAUGGGCAUAUGAGGGAUCUCCGUUCUGCAAAUUAGUACGGGAGACCCUCGUUGAGUUGGAACUGCCGCAUUUGUUAGUAACUGAAAAUCAUCCUUGCAGCUGCGCUCGUGGCAGCCCCAGGCGCCAGGAAUUUUUCAAGAAAAUGGGAACUUUCCAGGCGCCUUACAUCGAAGAUCCAAAUACCGGAGUCAAGAUGUUCGAAAGCGCUGAAAUCAUAGAGUACCUGAAGGCAACAUAUGCCCUUUAUCCAAGCUCAUAGUGCCAGUACCUGCCAUAGCUCAAGUGCUCAUAUGUAAUCUUGUGUAGACCGUCUAAAUUUUUCUCUUUACAGUUUACAAAAAUAGAAAAGAAAUAGUGAACCUCAAAUUCUGAAUGGUGCACAGCUGAUUUUAUGUAGACCGAGGUUGAACUGUAAAGUUAUAUUGCAAGUUUGUAUGUUCUUCAUGUCAAUAAAAUAAAAGAAAGAGAUUGUGAGUGA